UCGUCCAAUGCACCCUUCCAGAGUGCGGACUUCCCAUCAUGACGUCCCAGUCCAGGCCGAUCUCGAAGCGAACCGGGGGGGGCCAGCGGUGCGGAAUAGUCGAUCUCGUAGCCGUCUAUCUAUUUCCCACAUGUCAGAGCAUCCUGUCUCGCAAGCACCAACUAUCACAAGCAGGGGCACCUUUGCGAAACACGAUGAACCAGAGACUCUAAACUCUCGAGCCCCCCCCCCUUCUGGUCUGGUCACACGCAGGCAACAAACAACCCAAGGCUCGGCAGGGUCUCUUUAGGGUUGCCGUUGCCACGUUGGUCGAUGAUGGCAUGGGGAUUUACGCUCCCGUCCGCUUCUAGAUUGGGCCUCUUUCCCCUGGCAGGAAUUCGUGCGACUUUUCUAGGUUGUUUGCCACGUCGAUCGCUGUCGGUGGACGGAAACCCGCGUGCCGUGCGGGGGAGGAGAAAGGCGAUCCCCAUUCUUUCCUUUCCCAGAGUUGCAGAGACUGUCAUCUCGAUAGGUUCUUUGGCAAAUACCUCUCUUGCCCGUCGAAGCACCGGAUCGAAACAUCAACGUCGGAUUGGGCACCAUCGGUUUCUACCGGCAUUGGUUUCCUCAGUGCGUGUACCACCGCUGAAAAAGUCCAGGCCCGUCUUACGGAUGUGGCCGAUAACCACGACUCGGAAUUCCAAGAGCUAUCGAAGCUUUCGAGGACCGCACCUCAGCCACACGCCUAGGCAACUAGGCACUCUGCUUUAGAUUAGUGUAUCUGACUAGGGCUUUUGCUCUGCCCCCCCACCGUGCCACCGGCUAAAGUCUCAACGACGAGCAAAACAGGUAAAUCCAAACGUCUUACUAAGAAUGACAUUGUCAGAUCGCCAU